AUGCAUGCAGAGGGAUUGUUGGUGCGUGGAGGAGAGCUGAAGAUUAAGGAGAUGGAGGUGCAGUGUUACCUAUUUGUGUUACUGGGAUCCACGCUUUUUGUGGAUAAGAGUCGUGAUCGCCUUCGUCCUGCGAUCAACUUGUUUCUGAAGGAUCAUCGACGAUUGACUGAUUACGCUUGGGGAGCUGGUGCACUAGCCUAUCUCUACAGACAGUUAGGAGUGGCCACACGAGCGGGUAGUAAGGGUCUUUGUGGUUGUUGA